AAAAAACUUGUCAAACCUUGUCUAUGAGUGCUGGAGAUUUUAUUUAUUUAUUUCGGCAAAUUGAAUUAUUUCCGAAAUUUUUAUACAAUUUAAGUGUUAGUAAAUAAAAUUAAAGAUGUCACAAGAUUCGGAUACCGAAGCAGAUAUUGUAGAGGAUGUGGCCGAACUAAUGGAUGGCUUAUUAAAGGAACUUCAAGAUUUGUACUCAUUUAGGGAUUUAUAUUUCGAAAACCAUCCUAUCGAGAUGGCUACGGAGAAGAAUAAACGUGUGGAAGAAAAGAAAGAUGUGCUGAUUGAAAAAUUUGAAUCUAUUGAUGUAGAAACUCAGAUCCCGUUUUCUCACCGAGCCCAGUUCCUGUACAUGAAAGGCAGAUGUUACAACAUCAGUCCUACUUAUGACGCUAGAGCGACUCAGUGCCUCAGCAAAGCAGUGAAAUUAAAUCCUCACCUCAUAGAUGCAUGGAAUGAACUCGGCGAGUGCUAUUGGAAGAAUAUGAAUGUUAAGGAGGCUAAAGCUAGCUUUGAGGGCGCAUUGAAACAUGAACGCAACCGCCUAUCCUUACGUUGCCUUUCAAUAAUAUUGCGCCAAGAAAGUGGUGACAAAAAACGCACGGAGGCUCAUCCCGCCAUCUUGAAAAGUGUAGAACUAGCUAAAGAGGCUGUAGCCCAAGACAUAAAGGAUGGAGUAUCAUGGUCUGUGCUGGGAAAUGCUUAUCUGUGCCAGUUUUUCAUGGUGGCCCAAGACCCGUCUACGUUGAAGCUUUGUAUGAGCGCUUAUAAGCAGGCAUCAUUGGAUCCCAUUGCUAAAGGACAACCAGAUUUGUACUACAAUAAGGGUAUUGCACUAAAAUACUCCGAAGUAUACGACGAGGCGCUACAGAACUUCGAGUACGCGAGCCGCCUAGACCCGCCGUGGCAGCCGCCGCAGCAGGAGCGAGCGAGACUGGUGACGUUCGUACACUCAGCUCAUGCACUCGUCAAGAGUAGGGGCAAGUUGAAGAGUAAGAAGUUGGCGGGGAUGGUGCAGAGUCUAGACAGAAAAAUGCUAGGCGCCUACGGCGAAGGCCUGCACGCUUUCGCCGGGCGCCGCGAGGUGGCGCUAGAGUUGACACGUUUAGAUGCCUUGCAAGAAGGUCCCAAUGAAGCCAAGGUCAUUCUGGGCAAGGUCGUCGGCUCAAUACACAAUGAUAAUGCUGUUCCUUUUCUAACCGCUUGGAGCACGGCUCGCCCGGUCACUGAGAACUACUGCGCGAACGAAGGCGCGAUACGACGGGUAGUGUGCACAUUCGCUCUCGUAGACGCGAGUAUGGAGUGCGUGCUAGUCACUGUAUACAACUGGGCUGAUGGUCGCGGCGCCAUCAUAGGAGAUUGUGUUGCCAUACCUGAACCGCUGAUGAGGACGCAUAAACACGAGUCGGAGGCUAUGACAUACGACUUCAAAUCGAUUCGAGUGAACAACCCACUACUUCUACUAGUCAACGGCAAACGGGUUGCUCGCAACCAAUUCGCUUGCACCCGGGUUACUAGCACUUAUGAGAUACAUUGAGAUUACCUAUAAGGAAAUAUAGAGAUCGAGGGAAGAGAUAAGAGGUAGAAUAAGAAGAAAUGAGGAGAAGGUAUGAAGAAGGAGUUUGGAUAAAAAAUAACUGCAAUGUUUGGGACCCAGUGCCAAAUGAUUACCUUAGUUGGGGUAAGUUUCAAAUUUAAUUACGAAAGAAAGAAUUUUGUAGGCAGUUUUAUAUUGAUCAUGUGAUAAUACGCGUGUAAGAGGCUGAUAUAAAGAGAGGUUACAUGUUAUUAGACCAAAAUUCGAGUAUAUUUUAUCUUCUCUCUAUUUUUGGUGAUAUGAAGGUGACAUGUAACUUCUAUUUAUUUCACCUAAGGGUUGAGACUUCAUAAAUAAUGUAAAAUUAAUCUUAUCGAGCUUCAAAAGAGAAGAGUAUUUUAUACAAAAAUAUUAAUAUGACUGAUGAUUAGAAUGUAUGAUAUAAUUUGCAAAUAAAAUGUACUAGCUUGUUAUAAUAAUGUUUGAGAAAAAAAAACUUUUACUAAGUAUUCAGUCGAUGUAAUCGAAUUUAGGGAUUAGUAUGAAUCACGUUUAGAUAUAGAAUUUUUACAGUACGAAAUAAACAUUAAAAACAGGAGAUAUGCGUAGAAGCAUUCUUAUAAUAAAGAUGAAUUUUCUUGUUUUUGUUUUUUUUCUAAGAAUUAUAGCACUGCUUUGUCACAAAAUUGCAGUGUAUUCAAAGACAUAAUAUUUAUUAUGAUUCUUUAAAAAGUGGGUAAAAACUCAAAAUGAGUACAGUAUUUUUUUUUAACCGUAGUCAAAACGAUGCAAGCAUUUUAUAGUGAAAACACUUGCUGGUGAGAACUGUGAAAUUUUGUAAAAAGGAAUGUGAAAUCUCACAAUUUUAUUUAAUGUCGAAAUUACCUUUUAAGAUCUCUUAAUAUAAUAACUUUUAUUUAUUAUAAGUAUGCAACUAUUUAUAGAAUGUAUAGUUUAUUUGUUCACUGAUCAAUUUUAAGUUUAAUGCAAGCUAACUAGGAUUCAAAUCAGGCUUUUUCCAUAUUUAUGACAAUUUGUUGUACACUAAAUUUGAACUUAAAUAAAACGAAUUCCGUAAU